GGUUGCCCCCUGGCGGUCGACUUUAGUACAUAGACUUAUAAAAAUGGGCUGAGCGUGAUCAAAGGUAGUGGAUUGGUCUCAGUGCAGAGAGCAGCUUUUACGUGCAUCCCUGCAGAAAUGUCGAAAUGGUCUAAUGAAUUGCUGGUGGGUCAAGGCAGUGGUGAGGCUAUUCCCGUAAGCGCCAGACUGCGGAGCCUGCCAGCUGGGAGCCCGAGGUUGCGCCGGGGGCACAGUGUGCAGGUUUUAACCCACACACGGAGGGAAAUGCCGUUAUAUCUGCAAGCAGAAACCAUGGACAAGGCCAAAGAACUGUUUAUUCUGUGUGACAAAGAGGGCAAAGGGUUCAUCACAAAACGGGACAUGCAGGUACUCUAUGAAGAAGGUGGAAAAGCAACAUUUACGAGGGUUUUAGGACUAAAUCCUGUUUGUUUUUGUUUUUCUGGUAAGCGGCUCAAAGAAGAGUUGCAGCUUCCCCCAGAACAACUUGAAAUGGUGUUUGAAAGUCUGGACCAAGAGAGAAAUGGAUUCCUUACUGUUGCUGAGUUUAAAACAGGGCUGGGUGAGCUGAUAAGGCAGGGCAACACAACUGACCUGAGUCCAGAUGGAGCAGAGGAGGAUGGAGACAAAGAAGACUGGUCCCAGGAUCCAUCUGCAGUCUCAUUUAUCAACAUACUAACGGAGCUAGGAGCUGAAAAGAUUUUCACAGAUCAGCAGGAGCUCCGCUUGCUGUGGUGUGAGCUCCAGAGGGAAAGACCGGAGCUGCUGAGCACCCUGGAGAGCAUCCUGGUCCACACAGUGUCCCAGCUGCAGGACGCCAUUAAAGAACGAGACGGUCUGGAACAAGCUCUGUGCAGAAGGGAGAGUGAGCAUGAUCAGAUGGUUCGGUCCAUAUAUGAAGAAAUGGAAAAUCAAAUCAAAGAGGAGAGGGAGAGAUGGCUGACAGAGGAAAGUAUUAAAGAGAAGCAGAGGAAUCAACAACUUCAAGAGGAGCUGAAGACGCGGGAGCAGGAGGUGGAAAGUACGCUGAGCAAACAGAAGGAGCUCGAGACCAGAAUUCGACAUCUAAGCCGCGAGCAAGCUAACAUCAAGGAGCAAAACCAGCAGCUGCGCAGCCUCAAUAUCCAGCUGCAUGAGCAGAUGGAGAGCAGCAAGGAGCAGCUGCAGGCCGCCAUGAAUCAGCUUAGCGUGCUGCAGGCCAGCGCCGCCCAGGAAGACGUGCACAAACAGAGAAAUGUCAUAAAGGUGUCGAGCAACAUGAAGAAAGAGAAGGAUAGUCUCCUGAAGCAACUUGAGAUUUUGAGGGAUAUGAACAGAAAGCUAAGAGAUGAAAAAGAUGCUCAACAACAACCCCAGAGGAGGGUCGGUCACAGACACUCUACCCUUCCUUUUUCGCCUUAUACUUGCUACCACAGUGACAACUUCUCUUCCCCUCGGUCACAGUACAUCUAUCCGCCCUAGGCUACGUCACAUAAAAGUCUGAUGGGGGUUAUUAAUAUUUAAACCUGCAUUCCUAUGUAGUUGUUUCAGUGAUUGUGGUCAGUGAGGCGAGCGAUUGUGCUGAAUUGUCAUUUACUGUUACCUUCAGAACACAGCUGGUUAAUGUUUGUCUUGUUUUUCCACAAAUAACUGCUGGUUCAGCAUAAUUUGUUUAGUAGGCUCUUAUAAGCUGGAUCCACUUUCAAGAAAGAAAAAGUCUAAUUUCUACUUUUUGUUGAGAAAAUGUGACAAACAUGCAACUUUCAGCCAGGAAAAAACUGUUUACUAUAUAGAAGCUACCUGUUUGUUGUAUUUUUUUAAAUAUAAUUUAUAAAUAAAUUAUUGUGUUGUUGAAAAGUGACUGUAAAAAAAAUCAGUGUUAUGUUAAAAUACUUUGAAACAGAAUAAAUGUCAUCUUUAAACUACUUCCUCGCAUCAAACUAA